AUGAAGCCUCCCCCUCUUCUGACCUUCCUUUGCCUCCUGGUGGCCCUGGCCGGCGGGAACCUGGUCCAGUUCGGGGUGAUGAUCGAGAGGGUGACGGGGAAGCCGGCGCUGCAGUACAAUGACUACGGCUGUCACUGUGGCAUUGGCGGCGCCCACUGGCCGGUGGACCAGACCGACUGGUGCUGCCAUGCCCACGACUGCUGCUAUGGGCGCCUGGAGAAGCUGGGCUGUGAACCCAAACUGGAGAGGUAUCUCUUCUCUGCCAGCAGGCACAACGUCUUCUGUGCCGGCAGAACCGCCUGCCAACAUCAGACCUGCGAGUGUGACCGGACGGCCGCCCUCUGCUUCCGCCGCAACUUGGGCACCUACAACCGCAACUUUGUCCAUUACCCCAACAAGCUGUGCAGCGGUCCCACGCCGCCCUGCUAG